CCGCUGCCGCUCCGCCGGUACCGGGGGGGCGUGGUUUGGGGAAGGGGGCGUGGCGUUGACCCGGGAGGGGCGUGGCUUAGCGCAGAGCGGCGCCGAUGGCGGAGCGGCGCGUGUCGCGCUGGUACUUCGGCGGCCUCGCGUCGUGCGGCGCAGCCUGCUGCACCCACCCGCUCGACCUGCUCAAGGUCCACCUCCAGACACAGCAGGAGGUGAAGAUGCGGAUGAUGGGGAUGGCGAUGCGUGUGAUCCGCAACGAUGGCUUCCUGGCUCUCUACAACGGACUCAGUGCCUCACUGUGCCGGCAGAUGACAUAUUCCUUGACUCGCUUUGCCAUCUACGAGACUGCGAGGGACCGCUUGGGCCAGGGCAGCCAGGGGCCUCCCCCCUUCUACCAGAAAGUGCUGCUGGGUGCAGUGGGAGGUUUCACCGGCGGAUUUGUGGGGACCCCGGCGGACAUGGUGAACGUCAGGAUGCAGAACGACAUGAAGCAGCCACCUGCCCUGCGGCGCAACUAUUCCCAUGCCCUGGACGGCAUGUACCGUGUCCUCCGGGAAGAGGGCUUGAAGAAACUCUUCUCGGGAGCUACGAUGGCAUCUAGCCGAGGGGCCCUAGUCACCGUUGGGCAGCUCUCCUGUUAUGACCAGGCCAAGCAGCUGGUUCUCGCGACUGGGUUGCUGUCAGACAACAUCUUCACUCACUUCCUGGCCAGCUUCAUCGCUGGCGGAUGCGCCACAUUCCUCUGCCAGCCCCUGGACGUGCUGAAGACCCGCCUCAUGAACUCCCAGGGCGAGUACCGGGGUGUUAGCCACUGUGCCAUGGAAACUGCCAAGCUUGGCCCACUCGCCUUCUACAAGGGCUUCGUUCCUGCUGCCAUCCGGCUCAUUCCUCACACAGUCCUCACCUUUGUCUUCCUGGAACAGCUGCGCAAAUAUUUUGGGAUCAAAGUGAUCACCUGAGUAGGAGGGAUGGGACCCUGCCUUGCCCCAGGGGGGUGACCGUGUGGGUCACCGCUAAGACCGCAGAACCCCUCUCUGCUGUCUGGGGCCAGCACUGUUCCCCCUACCCCUCGUCCCCACUCCCGUGCCUUGCCAGUGCCUGUGGCCGGCCAGUCCCAGACUCGUCUUUCUCACACCCAUUCUCAGCACCUCUGUUACCUCUGGGAUAUUCUUGAGCCUCUUGUCUCCUCUGCACUGUCGGUUUGGGGUUUUUUUUUGCUGUCUUGCCGCUGCCCUACUGGCCACAAGUUCUGCCUUUACCCACCUCAGCUCUGUCCCUUACGGGUCUCUGGGAGCUGGACUGUGCCGUCCUGGGGAGGAUGGGGGAUCAGGCCCUCUGGCUCUGAGCCUGGUGACAGAGCCUAUGGGGCUGGGGGUGCCGGUGACAGCACUGCGGUGGGGCCCGUGCUGGGGACAGCUCCAAGCCACUCCUGCAAGCAGUAAGGGGGAACGUGGGUUUAGCACAGCAAGGCCCUGUCCUCCCUUAGUGCCUCUGGCCCUAUGUGCUCCUCCUCUGGCCCCAGGGCGGCCUGGCAUCCCCGCUCUGCUUCCCAGCCUCCCCAAACACCCCCUGCUUCUGCUUGGCCAAAACUCACCAGCGCCCGAUGGCUGCUGGGCUCUUCAGGGAUUGUGCCUCAUACCAAUGAGAGAAAACGGACCCUGUGGGUGAGGGGCAGCCGCUUGGCCGCCCUGCCGUGCUGUCCAGGCACUGGCUGGAGCCCUUCUCGCCCAGGCUGCUUGAGGACCCGGCGCUCGCUUGCCCUCCACCAGACCCGGCCUCGGGUGGGGGGGUCUCUUUCCAGCACCGCUCUGCCGCCUUACCAAGGCCAGGGCAGACGCCAGCCCCGAGUGUGCCCAGGCUGCCUCACGGCCCACCCCUCACCCUGCACCGCCCCGUGCGCAGGGGCUACAGGCACCAGCCCCUCUGCCGUGUGCACCCCUGUGCAUGGUGGCCCCAAGGGAUCAAAGAACUGGAAUAUCUGUGACCUUAAUAUAUUAAUAAACAGUGGAACAAGCACA